AUGGAUCGUUCAGCCUCUGUAUACCACCACCUUUUUGCCUGGGUUCAGAACCAAUGGGAUUUCAGGGAAGUCUCGGCUGCCAGUGCUAUGGGUGGUAGUACUGACCCUCAGCCAGACCAAGAGCACUGCACACAGCUAUGGUUUCUUGACCAGGUUUUUUUCUUUGAGUUUUGCUGCCUGGAUGCUACUGGAAUGAACCAAAACGGCUUUGAUGCCAGGGUUGUUCAUCUCUGCAGCCUACUCUUACAUGUAUUUAACACUGUCACUAUCAAAAUGACUGGUUUAUCCAGUAAGGGGCCCACUCCAAUAGGUUUGCAUGCUAAUUCUUGCAUGGUGAAGAGCAAUCCAUAA